AUGGCCAAGGCAAGUAUUUCAGUAGAUGAGGAUCAAUUCAACUGUUUAAUCUGCCUGGAUCUCAUGAAGGAUCCAGUAACCGCACCGUGUGGUCACAGUUACUGCAUGGUGUGUAUUAAUACCAGCUGGAAUCACCAACGGAGGGUCUACAGCUGUCCUCACUGUAGGGAGAGCUUUAAUCCGAAGCCUGUUCUCCGCAGAAACAACAUGCUGGCUGAAGUGGUGCAAAAACUGAAGGCUGAACUAGAAACUUCUGCGUCUGGUUCUGCGUCAACGCCCUACGCUGGACCUGGAGAUCUGGAGUGUGAUCUGUGCACUGGAAGAAAACGCAAAGCUACCGAGUCUUGUCUGACCUGUGUGGCCACCUUUUGUGAAACUCACCUGAAACCUCACACUGAGUCACCUGCCUUAAAGAAGCACAAGCUGGUCAAAGCCACAAAACUGCAGGAGAAGAUGUGCCCUCAACAUGAUGAAGUGCUGAAGAUCUACUGUCGGACAGACCAAAGCUGCAUCUGUUAUUUAUGUAUGUUGCACGAACACAAAGGUCAUGAUACAGUAGCAGCUGUAGCAGAAAAAAAUGUAAAGGAGAGUGAGCUAAAGAAAGUGCUAAGAAAAUCCAACCAGAGAAUCAGUGACAAUCAGAAGAAGGUGAAAGAGCUCAAAAUGUAUGCCAACACCAUCAAGGGCUGUGCACAGAUAGCAGUGGAUGAUAGUAUGAUAAUCUUUACUGAGCUGAUCAGCUUCAUGGAGAAAAAACGCUCAAGAGAUUAUCAAGAUGAUCAGAAACCUUUUAAAGUCUAA